GUAUACGUCUGGCAGGCACAGCAAGGCCUUGGGUGCGCCUCCCUCAGCCACAGGAAGACACUUCGAGGCAGACAUCUAGCCGUGUCUGCCUUUGCUCCUCUCUUCGUCUGUGUCUUCUGUGUCUAAUUUAACUAUUUAUGCGUCAGUAAUAUUACCUGAUACUCAAGAUGGCGACCAAUAAGACACCGGGACUAUUUUCUUACAGUAAUUUGGUCCAUGCGGUUGCCGGGGGAUGUGGGUCUGCUGUGGCUAUGUCUACACUUUUCCCUCUUGAUACUGUGAGAACGAGAUUACAGUUAGAGGAAGGUCGGCGAAAGAGCAGCAUACUCUCCCUUUUACAAGAAAUUUACAAAGAGGAAGGCUUAGCUGGGUUAUACCGGGGGCUGCUUCCUGUGAUUGAAUCGUUAUAUUGUUCCAAUUUUGUGUACUUUUACACAUUCCAUGGCCUCAAGAGAAUUGCUAAUGAAGACAAGUCGGCAUUAAGAGAUCUCCUCUUAGCUAUGGUAGCAGGCUCAAUUAAUGUCAUAACAACCAAUCCAUUAUGGGUUGUGAAUACAAGAUUGAAGAUGCAGGGUGCCAAAGUGAUAACCAGCCAGCACACAGCUACCAGAAGAUACAAGGGCAUGUUAGAUGGUCUUCUACGAGUAGGACGUGAAGAAGGUGUAUCUGGCCUUUGGUCUGGGGCUUGUUCAUCCCUCAUCCUCACCAUCAACCCGGCCAUUCAGUUCAUGGCGUAUGAAGCCAUGAAGCGGCAGAUGCAGAGCAUGUACAAGUCAAAGGAGCUCAAUUCGCUGGUGGUCUUUGGUGUGGGGGCUACGGCCAAGGCAUUGGCAACGGUCCUUACAUACCCAAUACAGCUGGUCCAGGCUAAACAAAGGCAUGGACACAACUAUGAAGGAUUGCCGCAGAAAGCUGGACUGAUUCCACUCUUGCUGUACAUAAUGAGGGUCCAUGGUUUCAAGGGAUUGUUCAAAGGCCUCGAGGCAAAGAUCCUGCAGACGGUGCUCACUGCUGCACUCAUGUUUGUUUGCUAUGAGAAAAUUGCUUCUAUUGUCUUUGCCAUUUUGAUGGGAAAUAGGAAGAUGGCUUUGAAGAAAUAGAUAGAAAUCCUGGUUGUGUUUCAGCUUUAAUGAAGCAUAACAUUCAGCGUUGAAAGGAAGGGCAACUUUUUUUUUUCUCUCUCAGUUGAAAGUAUUUGUAGUAGUUACUGUUGGAUAAGAAUAUUAACCCAAUGCCGCCGGGGAAAAUGAAAAAAAAAUGGGGAAAAUGCUGUGCUCAUGUUUUAUAUUUUUUUGUGAAAUGCCCAUAGAUGGCUCUGCAAGUGCUUAGCAACAAAGGAGUCAA